AUGCUGUGGACCUCAUUUCUGCUCCUGGGUGCAGUCCAGCUGGCUGCAUCGAAAGCAAUUUCUCGUAGAUGGGAUGACGUCGCGGAGAAACACUCAUGGGUUGAGGUACCCAAAGGAUGGCAAUUCAAACAGGCGGCAGACCCCAACGUUUUCUUUAAUCUCAAGCUUGGUUUGAAGCAGCACGGCAUGGACGACCUUAUUGCCAACCUUAUGGAAAUUAGUGACCCUUUCCAUUCAAGAUACGCGCAACAUUUAACAAAGGAGGAGGUUGACAACUUCCUAGCUCCUCAUCCCGACUCCUUGGAAGCUGUCGAAGAAUGGCUGGCGUUCCAUGGAAUUGACACCUCAGAGGCCCAACGCACUUCAGCUGGGAAUUGGAUUACCCUCCGCGUAUCCGUCGAACAAGCAGAAAGGAUGCUCAAUACCAAAUACAACGUCUACGAGCACGGUCCCUCUGGAGAGGAGGUUAUUCGCACUCUUAGCUACUCACUUCCUCAAGAACUUCAUUCACACAUCGACGUCGUGGCGCCGACCACUUAUUUUGGGACCCUUCGCAGCAUGCGAAAGACAAGCUUCUUGCAGCCUGACGUCAAGCCUAUCACUGAUGAGGAACUGGCAGCUUCUUUAGUUCCCGGAUCAAAUGCCGCUGUACCUUCAAGCUGUUCCACCACUAUCACACCUACAUGUCUGCGGGACCUAUAUAAUUCCUCUGCUUAUGUUCCUCAAGCGACGGCUACGAAUAAACUGGGUGUCGCCGGUUACCUCCAAGAGUUUGCUAAUCUCGCAGAUCUUCAGACAUUUUUCUCCAGAUUCCGCACAGAUGCCGUAGGAUCAUCAUUCUCUAUCGUUCAGGUCAAUGGAGGGGGUAAUAAUCAGAAUAGCCCUGGAGUUGAAGCCAACUUGGAUAUCCAAUACACCACCGGAAUCUCUUUCCCUACCCCAAACAUCUACUACAGUACCGGCGGAAGUCCCCCGUUCACCCCAGACUCCUUCACCACCUCGAACACAAACGAGCCCUAUCUCGAUUUUCUGACUUUCUUGUUGGCGCAGAAGACUAUUCCUCAGACCUUGACUACAUCCUACGGAGAUGAUGAACAGACGGUCCCUCUCGAUUAUGCGACCAGCGUUUGCAACAUGCUUGCCACCCUGGGAUCUCUCGGGACAACUGUCUUCUAUUCAAGCGGUGACGAAGGUGUUGGAGGUGGCGACUGCAAAACCAACGACGGCACCAAUAAGGUUCAAUUCCAGCCAGCGUUCCCUGCAUCAUGCCCAUUUGUCACGGCCGUCGGUGCCACCACCAGGAUCAACCCAGAAGUCGCUAUCAGCUUCUCAGGGGGCGGAUUUUCUCGCUACUUCGCCACCCCUUCAUAUCAGACCACCGCUGUCAAUACUUUCCUCAACGGCCUUGGAACUAAAUUCUCUGGUUUAUUCAAUAAAACUGGUCGUGCUUAUCCAGACGUAUCGGCACAAGGGCAGGGAUUCCAGGUCGUUAUUGGCGGUAGAGUUCAGUCCGUAGCCGGAACCAGUGCUAGUUCGCCUACUGUGGCUGGAAUCUUUUCAUUACUGAAUGAUUUCCGCAUUUCGCAAGGGAAAACUUCCCUGGGCUUCAUUAACCCCUUGAUCUACUCGACUGCAUCGUCUGGAUUUAACGACAUCACAUCUGGGUCUAACCCAGGAUGCGGUCAAUCAGGUUUCACUGCUGGCAAGGGCUGGGAUCCUGUAACUGGACUUGGCACACCAGAUUUCUUAAAGUUGCAGAAACUAGUUUAG